UACUCACAUCCGGUGACUAGAUUUUGUUUGUGUUGUGGUCGGCUGAAGAUGUUGACUACGGCUUAUAUUUGGGGAAGGGUUUAUAUCGUGAAAAACAUUUUAUUUUCUGGUUAGGUCCUGUUUUCGGGGAAACAUGGUAGUGCCCUUGAUAAUGCUUUCAUUAAGGGAAGAUAAUUACGCCCAUCCGGAGAAUAUACUUUGUUUGUGUUGUUGUCUAGUACAUUACACUUCAGUAAUUUGACUUAUUUAAAAUCCCAACCAGAGAUCUGCCAUCAACUUAGAAACAUCUAGCUGCCAGGAUUAUUUAUAUUUUAGCGAGCACUUAUUAUCGUUAAAUUGUUUCUUUUGCAUGCUAUUUUUUUUCAGAAACACUGGAAAACAUCAGGCAUGGCCUGCACUCACUCACAAAGGAAUAGUAGUCUACAGAAGCAGCUGCAGGUGCAGACUGGAUCGCGCAAUGACGAUGGUGUUGUUGACCUGUGUGACCCCCUUCACCCUCCAAACAAACUUCUUAUGCAAAGUCAUACAUGAAAAACCUUCGUUUACUUUUUAUUUGUUUCGACAAUAUAUGUAAUGUCACGAAUUUACAAACCAUUUAAACAGCCAUGUAUGCAGUUAGCAGGGUCUCUCGCAGACACAUUUCCUUUCGCUGUGCUUGACUUUUGCUGACGCCUUUCUCCGUAGCCAUAUUCUAAAGGAAACAAAGGCCGACAAGAUGAAUUCUCUUCACUGGCUAGACUAUGUCGUCAUAGCCGCACUGAUGGUGGUUUCCGUCGGCAUCGGCAUCUUCUUUGCGGUGUACAGGGGCGGUCAGAAAACAAAGGUGGAGUAUCUCCUGGGCAACCGUCAGAUGUCAAUGAUCCCAGUGUGCUUGUCGAUGUUCAUCACCUUCCAGUCAGCCAUCUCUCUGAUUGGUGCACCUGCCGAUGUGUUUAACACUGGAACGAUGUACAUGUUCCUCGGCUGCGGUUUAGGUUUAGCUUACAUCGUGGGUGUGUUCACUGUGGUGCUUCUCAUCUACCCGCUGCACAUCACCAGCGUCUACGAGUACCUGGAGCUGAGGUUCGAUUCCAAGUGUGUCCGCCUGCUCGUUACCAGCCUCGGCAUGGUGCAGACGAUUCUCUACAUGGCGGUAGCUCUCUACUCGCCGGCUAUGGCUCUACAAACAGCUGCUGGUUUGCCUCUGUGGGUGUCUGUUGCUAUUGUGGGUGGUCUCUGUACUUUAUAUACAGCAGUGGGAGGAAUUAAGAGCGUGGUCUGGACAGAUGUCAUUCAAACGGUGGUUUUCUUCAUCGGCAUCGGGGCUGUCCUGGUGAUGGGUACACUCCAUGUUGGCGGUGUCGAGCAGGCCUUCCAACUUGCCUCGAAAGGAGGCAGAGUACAGUUCACAGAGAUUACCCCGGAUGUUCGUGAGCGUCAUUCCAUGUGGUCCACAGUCAUUGGCGGUUGCUUCAUGUGGUUGUCCAACUGCUUCAGCCAGUCGUCUGUUCAACGCAUCAGCGCUUUGAAAUCAAUGAAAGAUGCGAAACUAGCGUUUAUUUUCAACGCGCCCCUCGUCAUCCUGUAUUCAUUAGUUCAGACGCUCACCGGGGUCUUGCUCUACGCCUAUGUCGUCACCAUCGGGUGUGAUCCCUAUCAGGCAGGUAUCAUCGAUAACAGAAACCAAAUGAUGCCAUACUUCGUCCCCAGUCUGCUGGGUAGUCUGCCGGGUAUGCCUGGUCUCUACAUGUCUCUGCUGUUUAGUGGCUCGCUCAGCACUCUGUCUUCCGGUAUCAACGCCUUGGGUGCCAAUACUGUGGAGGACCUCCUGGCACGUCCUCUGAGAGGCUACAAGGACGCCACUGUCACUGUCAUUGCUAAAAUAACUGUGCUGCUGUAUGGAGGUCUCACUAUUGGUCUCGCAUACCUCGCUCGCUCCCUGCGCGGUCCAGUCACACAGCUCGCAUCGUCUGCGUUCGGAGCCUGUGGUGGUCCAGUCAGCGGCAUUUUCUUUAUGGCAGGAAUGGUUCCCUGGGCAAAUAAAUACGGCGCCAUCGGCGGUGGAGUCAUCGGCAUUGUCGUUAACAUGUGGAUCGCUGUUGGUGCCCAGCUGUACGGCGCCCCUAUACGUGCCUUACCCCCGGGGCCGACACACAACUGCUUCGGGAAUAGCAGUAACUCUCUCUACUUGUAUAACCUCACGACUGAAGAGCUCUACACGACAGUCGCAGCCUUACCUAUGGGCAUGAGUCCUGACAAUAAUAUAACUGAUGUCUCCCACACAUACCGUGGUGACGAAUUCUCCAUAUACGACAUUUCUUACCUGUGGUACGGUUUCGUUGGGUUCUUCGUAACUUUUAUCACUGGAGUCAUUAUCAGCUUCAUCACAGGCCCCACAAACAAAGCUACUCUCGACCCAAAACUCGUAUUCCCUUUUACACGGAAGUUGUUCCGAAUGAAGGAAUCUUCACAGGAACCAGAAGAUACUUCUAACGCCAUCGCCAUGAAGACCUACCUUCAACGGGUGGAGAAAUUUUUGAAGAAGACGGAUACCAUGGUCGUGGAAGUGGUGUUUGACAAGACAAAGCCUAAUCAUUAACCAUUUGACACCUACCUUCUAGUGUUGCUCUUCUAUGUAACUUCUGAGAUAGCAGGAAGGUCUUCGGAACUUUACAUUCUUUUUUUUUUUUUUUAUUUUAGAAAUAUUUCUUAAUUUUCUCUCCAAUUUUCCUGUUUUUCUGGCCUUUUUUUCUUUUUUGUGCCUCUCAUCACUAAUGGUAAUUCCUUGCAUUAUUUGGAAAAUAAAUUAUAUCGAAUUUAAUUUCUACUCUUUGUUACAACCAGGAAGAAACAGUUAUUUACAAUAACGAAAUUAACAAUCAAAUAUUUAAGAUUUCACAUCAUUCCCUUGCCGACUGUUACAAAGCUAUCCAUAGCAAUAAGAUAGAAAAAUACACAUCCAUUACCUUGUCUAGGCAAUGAAUUAAUCGCAUUACCAGUCUCUUACACACACACACAAUUAUCUCCCCUGCGUCUUUCUACUUCGACUUGUUUGGGAAUGACAAAACUGAGCUCACAUAAACAUUUCGUUCAGUCAUACGCUCUUUUACCAUGCAUUGCUAAUAGUAUACAGCUAAGGGUGACAAUUCAUUCUUCUUAAAACAAACAAGGGGAAUAACCCAUGCUCCUAACCUGCUCGCUUCCUCAAUGCAAUCCUGGGAAAUCUAUUCAGUACUCAUUAAUGCAUCUUAGCUUUUAUUGCUACCUAUUUAGUACUUUUUACUAAUUAGUCAUUCAUAUAUGAUUCACAUACUUUGCUUUUCUUCAGCAUCAGGAUAAUAAACACUUGUAAGAUUAACCUGGCUCACUCCCCUGUUAGCCCUUGGGUUCUCUAUUAUUUUGACUGCUGUUUAGUCAUAAAAACGAGGAAAGAAUGAAAAAACUAUAAAAUAAAG